GUUCGGUCACUCGAAACAAACAGCGCUCUCUGUAUCUCUCUCCUUCUCUCUAGAAUCUCAAAAACCCAUCUUUACACAGCAAAUCCCACCAACAAAUUCUCUGCACCAAGGUCACCGAUAUGGGAAUAGAAUUAACCUGCAGCUGGGAUAAAAACAAGUUUGUGUCUGUGAAGGCAAACAGUACUUUCCCCGCAUAUUUUCUCUCUCCUAAACCAAUUUAAGGAAGAGAUCCCAUUGCAAAGAGGAGGAAAGCUUAUUGAAGGCAUGUGCGUGACACAUCCUAGUAUCUUUUGCGUUCGAGGACGUGCCUGCGGCUAGUGUAAAAUAUUUCUUAGUCUGUAUUUUUGGAAUGAGAGCCCCUUUGCUUCCCAAGCAUGUAGCAACUGUUGUUAAAUAUCAGAAAGAUCCACUCAGAGCUCUAGAAAUGUUCAACUCAGCUAGUAAGGAAGAUGGAUUUAAGCACACUGUUUUCACUUACAAGUGUAUGAUCGAAAAACUGGGGUCUCAUGGGGAAUUCAAAGCUAUGGAAAGUGUUCUAGUGGAAAUGAGGAUGCAUAUGGAUAACAGUUUACUGGAAGGAGUCUACAUUGGAGUUAUGAGAAGUUAUGGAAGAAGUGGGAAGGUACAAGAAGCUGUAAAUGUAUUUGAAAGAAUGGAGUUUUUCAACUGUAAACCGCUUGUUCAAUCGUAUAAUACAAUUAUGAAUAUCUUGGUCGAAAACAAGUAUUUUGAUCAAGCCCAUAAAGUUUAUUUAAGAAUGCAAAGUGAACGAAUUGUUCCGGAUGUUUACACUUUCACGAUCAGGAUAAAAUCAUUUUGCAGAACAAAAAGGUCGCAUGUUGCUCUUAGGCUUCUUCGGAACAUGCCGCUACAAGGGUGUGAGUUGAAUGCCGUUGCAUAUUGCACUGUAAUUGGUGGGCUCUAUGAAGAGAAUUGCCGAAAUGAGGGUUAUGAGUUAUUUAAUGAGAUGAUUGCUAGAAGUAUUUGUCCCAAUAUAACCACUUUUAAUAAGCUUAUACAUGUACUAUGUAAGAAGGGGGAAGUUAGAGAAGGUGCAACACUUUUGAGCAAGAUCCUUAAAAGGGGAGUUCUCCCAAAUCUGUUUACAUUCAAUAUAUUCAUUCAAGGCCUUUGUAAGAAUAUGAAGAAUAUUGAGGCUGUUCGGUUAUUUGAUUCUGUAAGUGGUAAUGGACUAAGACCUGAUGUUGUUACAUAUAACACACUUAUACAUGGUUUAUGUAAGAACUUCAUGGUUGCAGAAGCUGAGAGUUAUCUUCGAAGAAUGGUUAAUGAGGGUUAUGGACCUGAUGAUUUUUCAUAUAACACAAUUAUCGGGGGAUAUUGCAAGCAGGGUCUGGUAGAAAAUGCUUGUAAGGUUCUCAAAGAUGCAGUUUUUAAAGGAUUUGUUCCUGAUCUUAUCACAUAUUGUUCCUUGAUCAAUGGAUUUUGUAUCGUGGGUGAUAUUGAAAGGGGUAUGGAGGUAUUCAAUGAGGCAGUUGAAAAAGGUUUGAAGCCUGACAUUCUUACCUACAAUUCUCUAGUCAAGGGUUUGUCUCAGCAGGGACUUAUUCUACAGGCUAUGCAACUGAUGAAUGAGAUGUUGGAAAACGGUUGCAGUCCUGAUAUGUGGACUUACAAUAUUGUUAUUAAUGGUUUGUGCAAGAUGGGUCGUGUCGCUGAUGCUAAUAAUCUCAUGAAUGAUGCUAUCACAAAAGGAUAUCUUCCUGAUGUUUUUACCUUUAAUACAUUGGUUGAUGGCUAUUGCAAGCAAUUGAAAUUGAAUGAUGCUAUGCAAAUCAUUGAUAGGAUGUGGUAUCAAGGUGUCACUCCAGACGUGAUCACUUAUAAUUCCUUGUUGAAUGGUCUUUGUAAAGCUGGGAAAGUUGAAGAUGUGGUUGAAACUUUCAAAGAAAUAACUGAUCUAGGGUGUAAUCCUAAUGUCAUCACUUAUAAUAUAGUUAUAGAGAGUUUAUGCAAAGUUCGUAAAGUCAAGGAAGCUUCAGAUUUGCUUACCAAGAUGGAAAAUGAGGGUUUAAUUCCUGAUAUUGUUAGUUUUGGCACAUUGAUUGCUGGUUUCUGCAAGUGCGGAGAUUUGGAGGGAGCACACAAGCUAUUUACUAGACUGGGACAACAAGUUCAUUUCUCCCAUACAACUUCAACUUAUAAUAUCAUGAUUAAUGCUUUUUCUGAGAAACUCAAUGUUCCUAUGGCAGUGAAGCUUUUUCAUGAAAUGGGUAAUAGAGGCUGCUCCCCAGAUGGUUUCACUUAUCGGGUUCUGAUUGAUUGUUUCUGCAAAACAGGAAAUACUGAUCGCGGACACAAAUUUCUGUUGGAAAUGAUUAAUGAGGGACUCAUUCCGUCUUUGACGACCUUUGGACGGGUAAUUAAUUGUCUCUGUGUGGACCAUAAGGUUGAUGAAGCAGUGGGUAUCAUCCGUGUGAUGAUUGGGAAAGGUAUAGUCCCUGAGAAAGUGAGUAGAAUCUUUGACGCUGAUAAAAGGGAUAUAGCUGCACCUAAAAUUCUGGUGGAAGAGUUGUUAAGAAACAGUCAUAUUACAUAUCAUGCAUACGAGCUUCUGUAUGAUGGAGUUAGGGGUAGGAAGCAACUAAAGAAGACGAUUCGAAGAAAAAUUCCUAAGGUCAAAAUGUCUGGGGCCACAUAAGCUCAUUCUUCGCUUCCAUGCUGAAACAGAAGUCCUAAACAAAACUUCCUGCACAUGCACAGAUAUUGAGCACCUGCCAAGAGAAAGAUUGAUAGAGGAUCAUAUUAUACUACAACACAUGGCUUGUAUGACUAGUGAAGGAAAGAACUAUGGGAGUGAUAGAACUUAGAGGUCCAAGAUUCAAAAGCUAUUAUUUAUGCAUAUGUGUAUGGGCAUCUUGAUCUUGACUGCAUUGCGUAGAUUGGGACAUUUAUGGACUCUGACUCUUGAUUAAAUGCGAAGAAGAUAUUAUGGGAUUCUUGGCUAAACAAGUUUUUCUCUUAUAUAAAAAUUCGGGGAAAAAUUGCUGCUGGGUUUAAUCCUAACAUUAGAUUGUACAGUAAAUUCAGUUUGAAAUGCACAGAUGGGGAUUGCAUGUCAUUGGGAAUAUGUUUGUACACUUAGUCGUGCGUAAGCCUGAUGCUUCUUAUGAUCUAUAGUUUGCACUCCCAUGGUGAAGUGUUCUUGGUUCUGGACCAUUUUUCAAGGAUGAGUGGGCAAGUGCUUCUACACUCAUCACCAGUCUCAUAGUUCGCUAAUUUAGGAAUGCACGAGGUCUGUUAUGUACAGGACUGGGGAGCGACUUGUGAAAGUAUUAAACUAGGUGAUGGGCGAAAAACAUAUUAUGCAUUGUUAAUAUAUCUAAGUGGUGGGCAGGGACAAGAAACAAAGGCAGAGUUGAGUGACAAAAAAGAUUCUUCUGUUAUGGUCCUAGAAAAGGGUUGUCGUGGUGGUUGCUCCCACUGAAGAGAUGGCUCUUCUUCACCUCCAUGGAGAUAAUUGCAUGUUACAUCAGGCCCGUAAUGUUGCAAAGGUUGUUAAGGAUGUCUUUCAUUCAGACGUAAUCUUUGCUCGAGGGUCAUCUGCCAUCUCUCCUUUGUUCAUAUUUACUCUUGAAAGAGUUUCCAUUUUAGAGUUAUUUCAAUGUGGCAUAAGAUGGGUUCAAAUAAACGCCCCUAAUUUGCCAAUUGCCAAAAACAGCUGUCAUCAGUCUGUGUACAAUCAUCCUCUCCGUGUUACAGUUAUUUCCUAAGCAAUUACUGAACUAGGUACACAAUCAUAUGGUAUAACGGUAUUCGUGUUUCCGAGCGUAUAAUUAUACCCGUUGCCUAAAAUGAUAUUUGACUGAUUUCUUCCUGAUUCUGCCAUUGAGUUUAAAACAUUGACUUGUGCUUCUGAGCUUGAUGUUCAUGGUUAGUUUUACCAUAACAAGUGGCUAUGUUAUCUACCCAUUUUAUGUAAUUUUUUUGUAUUGUUAAAAGGAAAGCUACUGAGUACCAUUUUGUA